GGCGUGAAAGUCGUGAUAUCAUCGUUGAACCAUCAACUUCGAAAUUUAAAAAGAAUGGAGAAGACUCAAGAAACAGUCCAAAGAAUUCUUCUAGAACCCUAUAAAUACUUACUUCAGUUACCAGGUAAACAAGUGAGAACCAAACUUUCACAGGCAUUUAAUCAUUGGCUGAAAGUUCCAGACGACAAGCUACAGAUUAUCAUUGAAGUGACAGAAAUGUUGCAUAAUGCCAGUUUACUUAUUGAUGAUAUUGAAGACAACUCAAAACUCCGACGUGGCUUUCCAGUGGCACACAGCAUCUAUGGAAUUCCAUCUGUCAUCAAUUCUGCCAAUUAUGUAUAUUUCCUUGGCUUAGAGAAAGUCUUAACCCUUGAUCACCCAGAUGCAGUAAAGCUUUUUACCAGCCAACUUUUGGAACUCCAUCAGGGACAAGGUCUAGAUAUUUACUGGAGGGAUCAUUAUACUUGUCCCACUGAAGAAGAAUAUAAAGCUAUGGUGCUGCAAAAGACAGGUGGGCUGUUUGGAUUAGCAGUAGGUCUCAUGCAGUUAUUCUCUGAUUACAAAGAAGAUUUAAAGCCACUACUUAAUACCCUUGGGCUCUUUUUUCAAAUUAGGGAUGAUUAUGCUAAUCUACACUCCAAAGAAUAUAGUGAAAACAAAAGUUUUUGUGAAGAUCUAACAGAGGGAAAGUUCUCAUUCCCUACUAUUCAUGCUAUUUGGUCUAGGCCUGAAAGCACUCAGGUGCAGAAUAUCUUGCGCCAGAGAACAGAAAACAUAGAUAUUAAAAAAUAUUGUGUCCACUAUCUUGAGGAGGUAGGUUCUUUUGAAUAUACUCGAAAUACUCUCAAAGAGCUUGAAUCUAAAGCCUACAAACAAAUUGAUGCAUGUGGUGGGAACCCUCAGCUAGUAGCCCUAAUAAAGCACUUAAGUAAAAUGUUUAAAGAAGAAAAUGAAUAAUAUUAAGUAAUUCUUGAUUGGUCCUAAAAGCUUGUUUUUAGCCUUUUUUUUUUUUUUUUUACUCUUUUAGCCUAUCACCUUUUUAAAAAUUUGAUUCAAGUUGUUAUUCUCCAAAAACUAAGUAAAUUUGGGAGAUACGAAUUUGUUUCAACUUAGAAACCCAUCUAUAGGCUGGGCAUGGUGGCUUACGCCUGUAAUCCUAGCACUCUGGGAGGCCAUUGGAGACCAACCUGAGCCAGAGUGAGACCCCUGCCUCUAAUAAAAAUAGAAAAACUGAAGCAAGAGGAUUGCUUGAGCACAAGACUUGGAGGUUGUUGUGAGCUAUGAUACCACAGCACUCUACCCAGGAUGACAACUUGAGACUAUCUCAAAAAAAAAGAAGAAACCCAUCUGCACGGAAAAUCAUAAUACAAAGUUGAAGGAAUCAAAAGGAGCCACAUUUAUAUAGGUCUAAUUUGAAUGUCAGAAUCACUGUAGCAGGAUAUUGUGACCAACUCACCCCUACUACCACAAAUGUUCUGUUGAGUCUGUCAAUAAAAAAGACUUGAGCUUCCAAGAAUUUUUAUCCCAAUACUUCUGUGCUUUCUGAGCAGCUGCCAAUUUAUCUAUUCGAGUUAUAAGCCAUUUUCUUUUCAGCUAGUGGGCCCAAGGACUUCAAAGCUCUUUUUUCCUAUAUGCUGAUACUACAAAUAUCUCAGUAUCUCUGGCCCAGCACAGUGGCUCAUGCCUGUAAUCCUAACACUCUGGGAGGCCAAGGCAGGUGGACUGCUUGAGCUCACAAGUUCAAGACCACCCUGAACAAGUUCGAGACCCCAUCUCUAAAAAAAUAGAGCAGCGCCUAUGGAGCAGCACCUGUGGCUCAGUGAGUAGGGCGCCAGCCCCAUAUACCGAGAGUUGCAGGUUCAAACCUGGCCCCGGCCAAACUUCAACAAAAAAAUAGCCGGGCAUUGUGGCGGGCACCUAUAAUCCCAGCUACUCGGGAGGCUGAGGCGAGAGAAUCACCUAAGCCCAGGAGUUGGAGGUGGCUAUGAGCUGUGAUGCCACGGCAUUCUACUAAGGGCAAUAAAGUGAGAUUCUGUCACUUAAAUAAAAAGCCAGAUGUCUGUAAUCCCAGCACUCUGGGAAGCUGAGGCGGGUGGAUUGCUUGAGCUCACAAGUUCAAGACCAGCCUGAGCAAAAGUGAGACCCCCCCCCAUCUCUACUAAAAAAUAGAAAAACUGAGGCAAAAGGAUUGC